CUAUUUAGGGCUUACGCUUAGGUAGUGUUUUAAAAUACUUGGAGACCGGUCGUGUGUUGCCAUGUACAGUACACGGAUCGAUAUUCGUAAUAUAUAUUUUCAUUUUCUAAACCAUUUUUGAUAUUUAAAAAAACAACUUCUUCCUAAAAUAACUACAUCUAAAGGUGGUGCUUAGAAUGUAUACCUACUUGGAUUUUAUAUUAAAUGAUUGCCAGAAUUUCGCUCGUAGCUAGUUUUGGAUCGAUAAAUAAAAAAUAAGAAAAAAAUGAAAACAUCGUGUUGAAACAUUCUGAAAGUCACCAAUUCACCAUAAGUACACAUAUUUACGAACUUGGCAGCUUAUCAGUAAGAAUACAGUUCCGCAACACGGAUCUACAUACGUACCUAAAGCUUUCGUAAUGGCGGCGGUAGUUCAAAGUAACGCUUUACCAGCAAAUAUUCGAAAGCUAUGCGUAGCCGUCAGCACUCUACUGAAUCAGCAAAAACACUACCACGAAGUGACCGGCGAUAUAAUAUGCCCUUCUAUGGUUCAAGGAAUCGAUCACAUACGAGAUCCUCGUCUUAAUAAGGGUUUAGCGUUCACUUUGGAAGAACGUCAAGCGUUAGGUAUUCACGGUCUGAUGCCUCCUUGUUUCAAAACGCAAGCUCAGCAACUCGAAGUAUGCCAUUUCAGCGUCAUGAAGUACCACGAAGAUUUGAAUAAAUUCCUGUAUUUGUCCGAAUUACAAGAUCGAAACGAACGUUUGUUUUUCAGACUGUUAUCGGAAAAUGUGGAUACUUUGAUGCCGAUCGUGUACACCCCCACUGUGGGUUUGGCCUGUCAGAAAUUUGGCUUGAUUUACCGUCGACCCCGUGGAUUAUUUAUUACGAUACACGAUAAAGGACAUUGUUUCGAUUUAUUGAAAAAUUGGCCUGAACCGGAUGUGCGAGCGAUUGUGGUGACAGACGGUGAAAGAAUUUUGGGAUUGGGCGAUUUGGGAGCAUGCGGAAUGGGUAUUCCCGUUGGUAAACUAUCACUGUACACCGCUCUGGCUGGCAUUAAACCCCAUCAAUGUUUACCCAUCACCAUUGACGUCGGAACUAACAAUGAAAAACUGCUGAACGAUCCUUUGUACAUUGGAUUACGUCAAAAUCGAGUCGUGGGACCGAAGUACGAUGAACUGAUAGACGAAUUCAUGAAAGCUGUCGUCAAACGAUAUGGUCAAAAUACUCUCAUACAGUUCGAAGAUUUCGGUAACCACAACGCCUUCAGAUUUUUGGACAAGUAUCGUGAUAAGUAUUGUACCUUCAACGAUGACAUCCAAGGUACCGCUUCGGUGGCUGUUGCUGGGUUAUUGACCUCUAGGAGAAUCACCAAUAAACGUAUUUCGGAUAAUAAAUUCUUAUUUUUGGGUGCUGGCGAGGCGGCUAUCGGUAUCGCUGAUCUGUGUGUUAGAGCCAUGCAAGCCGAGGGUACUUCCAUCAAAGACGCUAGAGAUAAAAUUUGGAUGAUGGAUAUCGACGGUUUAUUAGCUCGAGGUAGACCCGAAGGUCGACUCGAAGGUCAUAAAGCAUUCUACGCCAAAGAUCACGCAGUGAUGAAAAAUUUCGCCGAAAUUGUCAAAGAAGUCAAACCGUCAGUAUUAAUUGGUGCUUCGGCUGUGGGAGGAGCAUUUACUCCCGAAGUACUCAAAGUUAUGGCCGAUAAUAACGAAAGACCCAUUAUUUUCGCUUUAAGUAAUCCAACUAGUAAAGCCGAGUGUACUUCUCAAGAUGCGUACGUGCAUACAGAGGGACGUUGUAUCUUUUCGAGCGGUUCUCCGUUUGCACCAUUCGAGAUGAAUGGCCAUACCUAUCAACCUGGUCAAGGAAAUAACGCCUAUAUAUUCCCUGGUGUGGCGUUAGGUGUGAUAGCCACUGGAAUCCAUCAUAUUACAGAAGAAUUGUUCCUUAUCGCGGCACAGACGGUCGCUGAUUUUGUUACCCAAGAAGAUCUGGACAAAGGUAGUCUGUAUCCGCCUUUGAAAAAAGUCAAAUGUUGUUCCUUAGAAAUCGCAGUCAGGAUUGCCGACUACGCGUAUCAAAAAGGUAUCGCAUCGGUCUAUCCCGAACCAUCGGACAAAAAAGCAUUUAUCGAAGGCCAAAUGUACGACUACAAUUACGAUUGCCCGUUACCAGCCACCUACCACUGGCCCAAAGAAGCUGAAGAAACCACACCUCCUAAGCCGAUCUCCCAGUUGACUGGCGAACACUUGAAAAGCGCUCCUUAAACCUUCAGCAAUGCGACUUGCAACUUGUCAUUUUUCCUCCUUCUCCUCCUUCCCCAUCUCAUUUAUUUAAAAUACUCUACAAUCUCUGGUCCUCGUGUGUUGCUCGGACCAUUUAAUAACGUACCUAUGUUAUUCAUAGGCAGAGCACCUCAUUACUGCGAGUAUUUAUAACGUUUGAAAAUUCUCAAUUCUUGUAACCAAAAUUAGUACCUACCUAGUAGGUACCUAGUACCUAUACGUAUACAUAUACUCUAAUAGAUACAGAUAGUUACAUUCACACAGGGUUUCGAUGCAUUUCGUUCGUCGCAAUUUAUUAAAUAGGUACUUACGCGUUAAGUAAGCCACACUAAUCCUGCUUCAUUUUUCUCGAACUGAUAUCGAUAUUUUUGAGGAACUACACUACAUAUACCCAAUUACCCAUACACAUUGUAUGUACCUAGACCUAUUUAUAAGCAAAAGCUCACCUCAUCCAACAAUCAGUCUUAUAUGAAUAGUUACCUAGUCAGUAUUAUUACUAUCGUAUUAACCAAUAACCAUCACUCGUGUGAUUACGAGGAUUAUGUUCAUUGUUCCCACCUUCGCUGACCAAAUUGCUUCGCGCUAUUUUCCUUUUUUUUCUUUUUCAUCUUUCUAAUUAUUACCUACAUUUUGAAAGUUAAUACUUAUUAAAUGUACGCGUAUUUACGUACCUCAUAUAUUUUAGAGGAUGUUAUAUUAUUAUUUAAAUUGUUUUCAUUGAAAUUUUGUGUAAAUGCUAUGUUUCUUGUUACUGUACGUAUGUAUUUGAAAAAUAAAAUACGUUCGUUGAUCCGA